CAGAGCUGAUAUUAUUGGUCCCAAAAAAAAAAGUCUCAGAAUUGGGCUGCCUGUGUUAAACGCAGCCCAUGAUUCGAAUCAGCCAAUUGUCAGUGGGCUCACCUGAUUGCAGAUCUGAGAUAUGUGUGUGUGCCGCAACGAGAGGUCAUUUGGAACGAGCGGGGAGAACAACACACACACACUCUUAUUGGUAUCCGAGUGCCUAUAUCCGAUCACGUUGUUUUACCUGGCUCUCUGCUGUCGAUGUUCAGAAGCUGCCAAAAUGACCAUCAAGAAAAGUAAAACCGUCGCCUUUGAAAGCCAUGCUGGGGAUUUAACUGCGUUGUGUUGCAUGAAUGAUUGGAUGAUUGCAGUGGUUCUCGCUAUUCUUGCCAUAAUGUCUGUAUGGGCUGCAAUGAUCAUAUACAGAUCUAUACAGACACUGAAAGGUCCGAGAAGAAAGGUCGAUGAUGACACUAUUCUGGUAACUGAAAAGGACGGAAAAGAGACUACAAACGAAGAAGCACCCCUCUCUUGUGUCGAGUCAACAGAGGAGACUGCGGUGGUUCCAGAAGCACUGGAAAACUGGGAUGGAGAGGGAUGGAGGAGAGAGCCCAUGAUACGGAUCCCAACAAUCAAUGAGGAUGUAGAACCCAUUGAGAGGAUCCCAACAACAACCAAUGAGAAUGUAGAACCAAUUGAGACGAUCCCAACAACCAAUGAGGAUGUAGAACCCAUUGAGAGGAUCCCAUCAAUAACCAAUGAGGAUCUAGAAACCAUUAAACGGAGAACAACCGAGGGGAGCGAUGGUCCUUAUGCUGAGAGGCAGAUUGAGUUUCACCUCUGCUCUCCACCUGAAGAGCACUGUGGAGGCUUAUGUCAGGACGACUCCCAGUCCCAGACGGACCAUACCCAGGAUAAGGAGGAGCAGACCACUACCAGUCACCGUUCCCUCAGUGACCUAAACAGUCAAUCUGGACAGAUGAAGGAUACAGAAGUGUAUAACCCGGAAGAGGAGGGUUUGAAGGAAGUUGAACUGAGGGAUGAUUGUCAACGUGAGGGCACAGAGGCGCCUGAGGCUAGCCGUCUGCAUGCCUCUGCCAACGAGUCUCCGGAAGAUCCAGAAGAUGGAAAUGAAACUCUCCCUGACACGAUGUUGACUGACUCUGACCUUCAAGAACCUGACCAUGUGUGUUAUACAGAGAUACAGGAAGUAAAAUACCCAGAUGAUGACAUGACCAGCCAUGUUGCCACAGAGAUGAUAUUGAGUGACACUGACCCUCCAGAACCCCUGCCUGGACAUCUGUGUGGUACGGAUAUAGGUGAAGUUGUAUGUUCAGAAGAUUAUGUGAACAGCUUAGUUACCAUCAUGCCUCUAGAAGAGCGGCCUGACAUGAUCUUGACUGACAAUGAUGUUAACAAACGUCUGGCUGACUUUGUGCAUGAGGAGGCAGUAGAAUGUUCGGAUGAUCGAGACAGCCAUGUUGCUUUUGCCAACACCCAGGAAAGUCCAGAAAAUUUGACAUUGAGUGACGCAGACCUUCAAGAAUAUGACCAACUGUCUGUUACAGAGAUCCAGGAAGUAAAAUGCCCAGGUGCUGACAUGAUGACCAGCCAUGUGGAGGUGAUCUAUGAGAAGACUAGAACCAUGGAAGGUGACAUGCAAGCUGACAUGGAAGCUAUGGUUGAGGAUCUCUGCAGUCACUUCCCACAAGUGGUCGAUGAUCAUUCUGCAGGUUUUGAAUAUUGUGAUGUGGCGAAAAGAGAAGGUCUUGAUGUCCAUGGAAACGAUCAACAACGGGCUCAAAGCUGGAAUACAACCGGGAUUGACCCUACAGAGAGGAUGACGAGAAACCCUCAGGAACUGUUUGACAAACAACAUCUGAAUAAACAGCCAGACAGUCUCCGCAGUGAUCCCAACAGAGACUGUGUUCUUCAUGACAACGUGAUGGAAGGGUUAAGCAGGGAGCCCAUGGAGGCUCGAGACACCCAUGUGGUUUCUGAGCGGAAGGGAGAGGGGGUUAGUACGAGCAUAGACACACAGGUGGAGAAGAGUUGUCAGAAAGUUGAAAUAAACAUCAUGGAAGCCACAAUGGACUACAAUGAAUGGAUGACUGUAAGUGGCACGGACGCAGAGGUUAACACUGACACUCCCUGGGUGAAGAUAAUCUACUCGUCCGUCGAAUGCUCUACUGUAGCAGAGCAUCAUCCCACAGAAACUCGGCGUGAUUCACAUUAUUCAACAAUGGCUGACGCACCCGCAUCAAAGGUCAAAGAAACUGGAACCACACCUGUAUCACUAGAUGGAGACCUGCAGGGGAAUAAGAAGAUGGCAGCUGUGCCUCCUAUCAUACCCCAUGCAGUACAGGUGAGGUUCUGCAUCCACUACCACACCCAGUCUCCCUGGCAGGAACUGGCUGUGACUGGAAACCAGCCGGAGCUGGGGAGCUGGACGGCCUUCGUUCCACUGGAGAGGGGCCAGGACGGGUUCUGGGCCAGCUGGGUCGCCCUCCCUGCGGAGAGACUGGUGGAGUGGAAGUUCGUGCUGGUGGAGAAUGGAGAAAUCCAUCGCUGGGAGGAGAGCGGGAACAGACACCUGGAAACAGGUCAUGGUGGUGGGGAGGUGACGCUCAACAGGUGGUGGGGCUACCUCUGAGUGAGCGACCGGUGGGGAGGGUAGUGAACGGCACUAGCGGUCGUUCUCUUCACCAGCGUACUACUAAGAAUGCAUGCCUAAUAUAUUCUAAGUGGUGUGCUAGUGUGGCUGUUGAAACCGGAUCAGUGUGGCUCUCACAUAGGGAGAGGACUGACUGGCGCAAAGCGUUGUUUAUAGAGAACUUGGUUGCAUCCCAAUUCUCUCCCCUUCACCCUGAAGUGUGCCCUAAUUCUCUCCCCUUCACCCUGAAGUGUGCCCUAAUUCUCUCCCCUUCACCCUGAAGUGAGCCCUAAUUCUCUCCCCUUCACCCUGAAGUGUGCCCUAAUUCUCUCCCCUUCAUGCAUUUGAUUAAGCCUGGGGAUAUAGGGAGUUUCCAACAUAAUCCUUUUUCUUUUUACAAGGAAGUAAAGAAGUGCACACUUUGUGAAAAGGGGAGUUAAACCCCAUGUAUCUGAUCAGGACUCUGUCCCUCUAUGUACUGUAUUAUAGCAAUACAUCUAUUAUGCCAGUUGCACAUCUGUUAAGUGAAUGACGUUAUGCGAGGGUAGAGUUCGAUGAAUGUCAAUAUAGUAUGGAGCUUGGAUAUUGUCAUUGUAUGAUUUAUUCACUUUUUUUCAAUAGAGCAGCUCUGUGUACUACUUCGGGCUUCUAUACCAGCAGUAUUUGUGCUGUGGCAGUAUAGCAAUAAUAAUCACAGCAAUAAGUGUUAUCCAGGUAUUUUACAUGUUUUACCGUAGUUACUCGGACUGCCUUGUGAUUUGUGAAAUGGGCUGUUUGUAUUUACCCAAAUAGAAUGGUGUACUCACAAGCAUCAACCGAUUUAUAGGUCAGUGAAUUGUUAUUAUGCAAAUACUGUGACGCUGGAAUUUAAACGUCAUAUUCGUACUUCAGAUCUUAGCUUCUUGAAUUAUAUUUGUAUGUAUCAUCCACACACAGUCUCUUGGAACCUUUUUGAUAAUACAUUUAUCAGUGUUCAUUAAUAUUAGUUUUUUUUUGUUUUGACGUGUUAACUCACUUUAAUUGUUUUGUUUACUUACCUUCAAUUGUAAUAAUGUGUUUUGGUUCUCCUAAGUUGUAAUCUUUUUUUAUAAUAAAAUGUCUUACGAUUGCAACGUUGUGGUUAAUGUACUAAAUGUUUAGGUGAAGGAGUGUUCUGACCAAUUAUCCAAUAAUAAACAUAUUUUCCUGGAAUGCA